CGUCCAUUUGUUUAGCUGCAAAUGGCGGCAUUUAACGAUAUGGAAUAUAAAUACAUAAAGUUUCUUUAUUAUAGCUCACUUUAUCAUUAACCAGAAUUGUAUUUAAGUAAGAAUUGUAGGCAGGCGAAUCAUAUGGCGUUUAUUACUGGUUUAGAAAUGAAGCGAAAAAAUGAAACGGCUAGAAGUUAGGCUGAAAACUGAUUGUCUAGGGUGGUGUGUGUGUGCGCGCGCGCAUGUGUGUGUGUUUUGUAGCUGAGGGCCUUGUGUCAAAUUGGUUAUGUAGUACAUUACAUACUGCAUAGAGACUAUUGAGACAGAUAGCACUGCUGAACAGGUAACGUUAACCUCAGCCCAGCUACUAUACUGUGUGAUUACAUUACCGGGAAGAUAGUCAAUUAUCAGAUACUAUAUUCAAGCUAUUUUGACCAAGGUGAGAUUAAUGUGUUUGUAAUUAUGAAGCAAAAAGGUGACUUCAUCUCUUGUACAUACUCACCUGCUCUAAAAAAGAGCCCUAAGAUGGGCAGGACCUUUUAUGUUCAUUUAAAAAAUUUCUUUAUAGUACUACUAUUUGAAAUAAGCAGUUAGCAUGUUAUAAAAAUGGAUGCUGUUAAUAAAAAAUACAUGGCCACGGUGAAGAGGAGAGGUUUUGCUAAGUAAUGAGAAAAGAGGAGUGUUCAGAAGCCAACAUUUACUCCUCUACUCACUGCUAGGUUCAGAGUGUCUGGAGCAUGGAGAGGGAAACAGAUAUCACUCUGCUGAUGGAAGAAAAAUCAGUUUCUCCGAAGGAAAAGUGCGAGCCCGAACCAGAGGUUUUCCAUGAAGAUGAGAUUCCGGUCCAGCAGAUAAAGGAAAUGUCUGAGUUUGAGGGGACAAACCUGAAAGAGGACGAUGGAUCGAAAUCUGAGCAACCAAUUUUGCAGGAAACAUGUUUGGCGUCUAAGGUCGCACGUCAGCAGAUGGAGGGCUGCGGGUUAGAGGUAUCUGAUCUACAGAUAGAGAUGAGGAGCCUGCAGCAGGAAUUGGUGAAGUGUCAGAUUGAACUCAAGAGAGUGCAGAAGCAGCUGGACCAAAGUUUAAGGCUUCAGAGGAGCACAGAGAGCUUCAACCAUGAUCUAAGACAGCAGGUUGAGGAACUGAGCGCCGAGCUUCAUGAGCGGAAAAAAAAGGAGAAGAGUCGAGUGGAAGCUGAGACUCAGACUGAAGACUACACCCAGUAUGAGACAGAUUACAGUUAUUACUAUAGUGGAUACUAUCAGGCUGCUGCAGAAUCUACACUUAACACCGAUACUGAAAUCCAGGAAACCCAUGAUGCGUAUCCUGUUACAACAGAGGUAGAAUCAGCCAGUGUACAGCAGGCAGAUGAAGUGACCAGUGUGGAUGAAACUGAGGGAGCUGUCGACAGCAGCUCAUCUAUAGCAGCGAUGUUAAAAGCCACAGCAGAAGAGGCAGUCACUCAGACGGGCUUUGUUUUUGACGAAAGCUCAGGAAUGUAUUACGACCAUUCUACUGGCUUCUACUACGACUCGAACAGUCAGCUGUACUAUGAUGCCAACACAGGGAUCUACUACUACUAUGACCACACCAGUGGAAAGUAUCAGUUCCACUCUCGAAUUGAGCUGUCCACAGCUCAGUCAGGGCAAACUGCCAGCGAUCAGGAGAAUGUCAACCCAUGGAAGCGUAAGAGGGCCGUAGAGGGACCAGAGAAUACAGAGGGCAAAAAGAAAUGCAAUAAAUCCCAGAACAACACUGGAGUGAAGGAAAAGCCAAAAGCUGUAAAAGAUCCGGAGGAGGACAGCUUAGGAAAGAAAGGAAGACGUUCGCGUAGCAGGACACGACUAUCUCGUUCGCGUAGCAGGACACGUCUGUCUCGUUCGCGGAGCAGAACACGCAGGUCUCGUUCACGGAGCAGAACACGUGGAUCUCGUUCACAGAGCAGGACACGCGGGUCUCGUUCACGGAGCAGGACUCGUUCAGGGAGUAGGACACGCAGGACUCAUUCACGUAGCAGGUUGCAUAAAAAUAACAGAAGACAUUCUGAAGACAGGAAAAAGAAGAAAAAAAAGAAAAAGAGUAAAAGGCAGUCACAUUCACACAAGGAUUGGAGCUCACACUCUGCAUAUAUGGACAAUGAAAGUGAGCCAGAAGAAGGAGAGAUCUUGCAGUCCAGGACAAAGGAAUAUCCUUCAACAUCAUCCUCAUCAGCAUCUCUGACUUCCCCCCCAGUUACCUCUCCAGUUUCAUACAGCCCGGAGAGAGACAUGCAACUAAUGGAAGGAUGGCCCCCGUGCGUGAGAGUAACUGUGGUCCGCUCUCCUGUCCUGCAGCCCGGCACUCUUUUUAUCCUCACAGCUGACAGCAUCGCCACUAUCGGCCGGGAGAAGGAUAUGGAUCAUGCCAUCAGGAUUCCGGAGAUGGGAGUCAGUAAGAGUCAUGCAGAAGUGUAUUUUGAUCACGAGCAGCAGUGUUACAUGUUGGUAGACCUGGGGAGUCAGAAUGGCACAGUGCUCAAUGGCAACCGAAUAUUACAGCCUAAAGUGCGCUGUGACCCUUGCCCUUUAACACAUGGUGAUGAAGUGAAGCUGGGUGAGACGGUUUUGUCUUUUCACAUCCACAUGGGAUCGGAAACAUGCGAUGCCUGCGAACCUGGACAGGUGCUAGCUCACCUAAGCCAUCGCCGCUCAGAAGAAAAUAUGGCUGUUGUACUGAGUAAAGAGGACAAAGAGGUGCAGAGACAAAGACAGCUCAAACAGAUUAAACUUAAAUAUGGCCUUAAAAACAGUGCAUACGAAGGUGGCUGUGUUUCCAGCAAUAAGUAUAAGGACCGAGCAGAGAACCGGAGACAGGUGGUGGGAAGCGAGGGAACUUUCUACAGAGACGAUGCGCCGGCAUCUGUUCAUGUGGAGAUCAGUGACAGGAACAAGGGCCGUCAGAUGUUGGAGCGAAUGGGAUGGAAGAGCGGAGAGGGACUAGGCAAAGAUGGAGGAGGCAUUACCGAACCUGUGGGGGUGCAGGUUCGGACACCUCAGUCCGGGCUGGGCUGUGGAGCAAUUUUUUCAGUGGAUGAGGUUCCUGCUGACCAGAGUAGAAGACAAAAGAAUUGGGAGCACGCAAGGGGGCGUUUUCAAAAUGCAGACCUCAGUCAUAACAGGCUUGAGUCUGAAGAAAGCCUACUGAGCGACCCUUGAGCCUAGGUUUAAAGGAGUCAUGGUGAUUCUUUUUGAAUGCACAGCUCCAGAAACAAAACUGAUUCGAAGAACUGAACUAAUGAGAGAGGAAUACACAAUAAAUUUUACAUCGAAGUAAUUCUCUACAGUUUCUAUCUGGUGCCUGUAUAGUUCUGUUAAUGAAUGUGCAACACUACAUUCUGCUCUGUACAUUUCAAAGAUGCAGAAUGUGGCCCGAUGUAUAAUAACAAUAAAGUGUAAAAUAAUGUUUUAUGUAAUUCUGUAAUAAUUGUCAAAGUCCGGCCAAAGUCCUUUUAAGAAUUUCUUAAUAUUAAGAAAAAGAAACAAAAACUGUUACACGUGGAAAAACAUAUAUAUAUAUA